AAGCUGGUGUGGCGGAAGUCAAUGUUACAGUUAUCAAAGGACAGGGGGUCGUAGAGUCGGCCACAAUGGAAGGUCAUGACGCGCUUACUUCUGCCACAGAGGCUGGUGUGACGGAAGUAAAGGCUACCGUGAUCAAAGGACAGCGGGUCAUAGAGUCGGCCACGAUGGAAGGAUGUGACGCUGUUACUUCUGCCACAGAGGCUGGUGUGACCGAACUUUCGAAACAAGCAAAAACACUCCUAGCAGAUCUUACUAAAGAUAGCAUAGGCAUCAAGACACAAAAGGAGGACACAGAUUUCGAAAUGCAAUGUAACGUUACCCGCUACUGUACAGUGUUAACAGUGUGGCAAACCUUGGUUUUGUCAGACGAGAUCAAUGAACUGCUGCUCUUGAAGCGCACUCAGCCCUUGCUCAAUCAGUUGAAGACAUCGUCAGAUACUGGACCCUGGUGCCGUUCCAUAUCAACUCUGUUAUCAUUGACUUCCCUGAAAGGAUGCACGUUGAUUAUGAAGUCAGAUAGCUGAUCAAGAUACACGACCGGUAAAACGAAGUGCGGAAAACAAUGUUAUUUGUUUACAUCGAAAUGAUUUGAACAGAAGAAACGCCAUGGUUUGAUUUGCAGUUUUUUAAUUGUCUAGACUCAAUGUUAAUCAUGUAAAUAUAUACUGAUGAGAAGAUAGGGUUUGAUUGUGCCUAUAAAUGUACUGCAGACUUUUUAAAAGGUUUUGAUUGGUAUAAUACACUCUACUGGGUAAAGUUGCACAUUCGACAGGCACUUAUUUACUUGAGGGGGGGCACAGGUGGGCACGUGUCACUAUCCCUCUCCACAUCUGACCCCAAUGCAAUAUGGGUGACUUACGUUUUAUAAGUAAAUGGAACAGUACAUUUCCUGCAAAUAUGUGUGACCCUUGUCUGAUCAGUAUUUCUUAUCCAACGCAAAGGCCGUAUGGCACCAAUUAAGAUAAUUAUCGGUAAUAGAACGCAAUCACGUAGGGGUAUUGCAUGUACUACAAAUGUGUGUGUGUGUAUUUCUUAGUUCAUUUACAGAUCCACCAGCCUCUUUGUAAAGUGCAUCUAUAGGGUGGAACUGCCCUGGUCACCUUUCAGGGGAAUAAUUUGAUUUUGAGCCAAAGUGGGACAAAUUUACCUGACUAGCCGGGUAUUCGCCAAAGAUUUUGUGGCUACAAUACAUGACCACUGUUGAUUCAGCGGGCCAGGUGUGGUUUCUACUGGAAAUCAAGGAUUUCAGUGUUAAGCAGAUAUUCACCGUAGCUAUUUAAUUCACAACAAAAAUGUGUAUUUUUACCCAAUUGUUGCAAUAAAUAUUGUUUUCCAA